CCGCCACAGUGUGUUUAUAUUAUUAUCGCCGUGUGCCACACAACAGACACAGUCCACCCGACGACCGUACCGCUCGUGUGUUUCGCAUCAGUGACUUUUCUCGCCCGCGAUUUCCGUAUUAUAAAUAUUUUUUUUGUACUUUUGUCGUUUGAAAAAAAAAAAAUCGAUCGAAAUCGAACAGUGCGUGUUCAUCAAUCGUUUUGUCUCGAUACAAAUUAUUUUAUACAUUGAAAAAUCGCGUAUUUAACUCACUUGCAUAAAAUAUACGUAUUAUAUCGCACCGGUCUAAUAAUAUACGCGUUUCGACCAUGGAUUUCGUCGAGUCCCGCGAAUUCAUCUGACGACCGGCGUUUUAUUUUCUACCACACAUACACGCGCGUUAUUAUAUACAUAAUAACAAACUAGAUCACAUUUCAUCAGCUCGCCAAAUAUUUGAAAAAUGAUUAAUCAUCGAAUUCCAUCGAAAAUAUUACCAACGGUAGUUGUGGCAAUUGUCUUCCUAGUCGAAGGAUUAUGCCUGCCAGCCCAUUCGAAAAAUGUAUUAUUAGAAGACGAAGUAAGUACUGUUCCGGCUGUAGAAGGUGAUCGUUUAAACAUAAAAUGCGAUUAUUCAGAAGCCAUCAAGAUCUCUAAGGUGCAAUGGACAAAAGAGUCAGACGACGAAACUCCGUUUGACUCACCAAGCAUAUUGUCAAAAAAAUUACAAUGGUUGCGUUUCAAGAACGUAAAACACUCUGAUCAUGGACGAUAUUCUUGCUUGAUCAGUGGUUUUACCGAGAACGGAAUGUUUUCUAAAUGGCGUAAUUUUACGUUGAUAACGUACAAAAGAUCGGAAACAACCGGUAAUGGAAAAACGCUGAAAAUGACAGCGCCUCUGAGCCUUUCACAUCGAAAGGACGGAGUCAAGCCGAAAUUUAUCAACAGACUUUUCAUGGAUAACAACGUCGCGUUAUUAGUAGACGACAUUUUAACAUUAAGUUGUCCCUUUGAAAGUACAUCUGAUGUAGUUUUUUCUUGGUAUAAAAAUGAAUUGUUACUCAUUGAAGGAGGUGCAGACGUUAAUAAUUACACACUGAGUCAAGUAAAAUUGUCAGAUGCGGGAAAUUACACUUGUAUAGUGAAAAAUGAUUUCGGUUCUAUCCAACACAGAUUCAAUGUGGAUGUUUAUGAAGACCAAAAUAAACUACCUCUUUUAGUCGAAUAUCCGCACAAUUUGACCUUAAAGCCAGGUGAUACAGCACGGUUUUCUUGUAAGACUUUUGAUCAACUUAAUACAAAAAUCGACUGGUAUUUUUUAAAUAGUACAAAUCCACGAGACAUAGAGACCGAGGACCUUUUAUUAUUUAAAAAGAUGGCCAACAAUCAAAACGUUAAAUUGUUAAAUGGUGUAUUGGUACUUGAAGGCGUUACAAUCGAUGAUGUCGGUUGGUAUGUUUGUUACACAAACGGAUCAAAAACGCGUGUAAUGACUGGUGCUAAAUUGGAUGUAGACAAAAGUUUGGUCAAUGAUGCAAAUGACCAAGACUUUGGAAUCGAAGUAGAAGAUGGAGAAAUUAUCGACAAUUCAAGAAAAAUUGGAUUUUUCAAUGCCACAGAAAAUUCUACUGCUCCUAAAUUCACGAAACUUGAUAGCAUGCACAGAGUGAUCGCAAAACCCGCCGGAAAUAUGUUAAAGUUAAAAUGUGUGGCUGAAGGUAAUCCUUUACCGAACGUAACAUGGUACAAAGACGGCGUCACGCCACCUCAACGCCAACUGGGUAUAGCUAGGUAUACACAAUGGGCCAUCAUACUGGAAGAUUUGGUAACGACAGAUUCCGGUAAUUACACGUGCAAAGUGAGCAACGAGAAUGGAUGCAUAGAUUUCACUUAUAAGGUCGAAAUAAUAGAACGAUUUCCGCAUAAGCCCUACAUUAAAGAAGGGCAGCCUCAUAACGUCACCACACUGGUACACACCAAUGUAUCGUUUGAAUGUACUCCGUUAGCCGAUCUCGAACCGUAUAUGCGAUGGUUCUAUCAUAACGCCAGUGUCGGGAACGUCAACGAAACAAAUCUUGAAAACGGCAAUGUCAUACAGAACGGCGCUCCCAGCGAAGGCAACCCGGAAUUGUUGCAACUGUCUAACGUAACGCAUUUGGACGAAGGAUGGUAUACGUGUGUGGCCGGUAAUAGUUUGGGUAUGAGCUAUGCCAGUGCCUAUUUAAAAGUAGUUGACGAAUUGGAAGAUCCGAUAAAAAUCAAAGCUUUUCAAUUACAAACGUACCAAUUAGCUGCUCUAGGCAUUAGUUUCGUACUAGUCAUUUUCGUGUGCAUUAUAAUGCUAGUGUGCAGUCAGAGGAAGAGGGAGAAGUUGAAGGAGCUGGUGGCCAGAGAAUCGGCUAGGAACGCAAUGAUCACUCAAUGGACCAAGAAAAUAAUCAUCGAAAAACAACAAAUGGCCGAUGCCAGUGAACCAUUGUUGAUGCCCGUAGUUAAAAUUGAAAAACAAAAAAGUAAAUACACAAAAUUAGACCAGGUGUGCAUGUCCGAAUACGAGUUGCCUCUCGAUCCUUGUUGGGAAUUUUCGAGAGAGAAUCUAUCAUUAGGUAAAACUCUUGGCGAAGGUGCAUUCGGUAAAGUUUUACGUGGCGAAGCCGAUGGCAUUUUGUGCGAAAAUGUAAUAAGUACGGUGGCGGUAAAAAUGUUAAAAGACGGACACACUGAUACCGAAAUGAUGGAUUUAGUAUCGGAAAUGGAGAUGAUGAAGAUGAUCGGUAAACAUGUGAACAUCAUAAACUUAUUGGGAUGUUGCACACAAGACGGACCUUUGUAUGUGUUAGUGGAAUUCGCAUUACACGGUAAUCUCAGAGAUUUCUUAAGACAGCAUAGGCCAUCUUCAGGUUAUGAACCGGCUAUAGGAUCAAACCUCAAAGAUACCUUAACGCAAAAGGAUUUAGUUUCGUUUGCAUAUCAAGUUGCCAGAGGAAUGGAGUAUUUGGCGUCUAGGAAGUGUAUUCACAGAGAUUUGGCAGCAAGAAAUGUCUUAGUAAGUGAAGACUUUGUAAUGAAAAUUGCAGACUUUGGUUUAGCUAGAGAUAUUCAAAAUCAAGAAUAUUAUAGAAAAACUACCGAUGGAAGACUCCCGGUGAAAUGGAUGGCACCGGAAGCUCUUUUCCAUAGAGUGUACACAAACCAGUCGGAUGUAUGGUCUUACGGAGUUUUGUUGUGGGAAAUAAUGACAUUGGGAGGUACGCCUUAUCCUUCGGUACCCAACAUGGAACAGUUGUUUAAUCUUCUACAGAGCGGACAUCGUAUGGAAAAACCGUCUUGCUGUUCUCUGGAAAUAUACAUGAUUAUGCGAGACUGUUGGAGUUACCAUCCGAACGAGAGGCCCAUGUUCGAUGAGCUGGUGGAGAGUCUCGAUCAGAUACUGUCGGUGACGGCCAACCAGGAGUACGUGGACUUCGGGCUUCCGCAGCUAGACACACCGCCUACCAGUCAAGAAUCGUUCGAUGGAAACGACCUAGUCAAUUUCGCCGUGUGAUUUCACGUUUAUUUCCCCGUACGUCCGGCGGACGACGGUUUCCUUUAGCUCAGAACGAGAGCCGCAUCAGUAUUUUCUAUAACUUCUGUGUUGUAUUAUAUGUUAUGACUAAUAUGACGUGAGAUUCGUGGAUUUUCACACAUUUUUAUUGCAAGAUGUUUAUGACGAAUACCUACAUAUACAACAUUAUUUAUGAUUAGGUACUAUA